CUGUCAUGGCGCCGUCGCGCUGUCCACGUGAAUUUGUUGGAGGUUUGUUUCUGCUUGUCAGAGAAUGACAAUUAAGUAAGGAUAUAGUAAACGCAUGUGAUAUAUCCAAAAAAGAGAAACCCCGCUUUGUUCGUGUCCGCGGACAUUAUUUUCAUUUUGGGGAACAAAGACAAAUCCAGGUCAGGAGAACGGUCAGGAGUGGGUCCAGUUCAGAUUGAAUCAGUGUUGUGUCCCCUGGUUCUUUACGGCGUGAAACAGUGCCUGAGAGAGCAUGGCGGAGGAUGGCCGCUCCAACCCCCCUACACCCAAUGUGCCUGGAAAGGGUGUGCUGGCUGGCCGCAGGCUGCCUGCCACUCUCUCCCCCGGUCGGCUGCCCACCAUGCGCUCGCGGGACCUCACCCUAGGAGGAGUGAAGAAGAAAACAUUCACCCCAAAUAUCAUUGGGCGCAAAGUUAAAGAAGAGCCGAAAGCAGAGGGCGGACAGAGGCGGGAGAGGAAGGACGCGGACCGGGGCCGUGGGCGGGACGGGCGUGGCCGGGGCCGCGGACGCCCUGAGGUCAUCCAAUCACACUCCAUUUUCGAGCAGGGACCUGCUGAGUUGAUGGUGAAGAAGAGGGGCACCUAUGAUGGGGACAAGGACACCCCUGCCGUGGGCCCUUCACCCAUCAUUAACAUCAAGAAGGAGAAGAGGGAGACUGAGGAGGAAACCAAAGAGAUACUCCGUAUGUUGGAGAGAGACAAUUUUCUGGAUGACCCUCGACUGAGGAGCGAGCUUAGGAGCUGUCCUGUUCAGCUGCCAUUGGCUGUGUCAGGGUGGGUCUUCAAGGAGGAGUUUAGUGCUGACAUCAAAGAGAGCCUCAAAGCUGAGGAGAUGAAGGGUGAGGAGGAGGAGGAGGAGGGUGAUGGAAUGGACAUGGAGGAUCCAGUAGCCAAAGUCAAAGUGAAGGAGGAGCCAGCAGAUGGUCCAGAAGUCAGGAAGAUGGAGCCCUCUUUCAGGCCUCCUCCUCUGCCUGAGCCCGAGUCAUUGCCAGAGCUUCUGAAGUCUUGGAGCCAGUCCAAGGGGGAGGAGCUGUUUUUCAUGCAGCUGCCCGAUUCGCUGCCCGGGCAGCCCCCUACUGAGGAUGUCCGGCCAGUCAAGAAGGAAGUGCAGUCUGAAGAUGGCCAGAUGCUUAUGAAGACUGAAAAUAGCCAGGAGGAAGCAGAAGAUGAGAAUAACUGCUGUUUGGGGCAACUCCAUGAGGGACUUGUGGGUCGGCUGCUGGUACGCAAGUCUGGGCGGGUGCAGCUCAUCCUGGGACAAAUCACUCUGGAUCUGGCCCUGGGGACUUCCUGCGCCUUCCUGCAGGAGUUGGUAUCCGUGGCAACAGGAGAGGGGAGGAUUGGUGACCUUUCUGUGCUGGGUCAUAUCAAACACAAACUUGUCUGCUCGCCGGACUUUGAGGCUCUGCUGGAGAACAGGGCGUGAAGAACUUGGGCGUCCGCAGGCUGUGCAACAGAAAAGCUCCCACACUGCAUCUGAUCCCCGGACUCACCUCUCUGCAGCUAACUGUGUUCCAGGACCACUUGUAUGACUACGAUCCUAAAUGGACUAAGUCCUACAGCUGAAACCUAGCUGGAGGGAAUUCUGCAUUUACAACUACUAUUUGUCAUUGUUUUUUUGUUUUUUUCUCAGAGCAGUUAACUGAUGGGAGACUAUUAUUUGCUUGGUUUCCCCCGUUAAAAUGGCCUUUGAGUUUCCAUUUUCACAUAAUGCUCUUUCACAUAAUGAGAGAUCUAAUAGGAUGGCUAUGAGGAAGUUUAAUAAUCAUUAAGAUUGUUGCCAAAUUUCCUCUGUUUGAAGUAAAGCUUUGUGUUGGAAGAGAUUUCUCAGGGACAUUGAGAUAAUUGUGGGGCCCACAAAUGAUUUUAUUUUUCCAACAAAAGAAUGUCAUCCGAUUCCCCCUUUUAUUGUAAGACUGAAAGGCUGGAGAGCAAGACGAUGCCAGGCAUCAGAUUCCUGACCUCCUGACUCCUCUGGGAUCAUUCCAAUCCAAAACCUCCAUCCCUAUAUUCUGAGAUCAGCAUCGUCAAGAGGAGUUGGUGACAGUGGUAGAUUGUCAUGCCGAAUAAGCAGUCAAUUCUCACCAUGGUGCUGGUUUUGGUGGUGGGCAAAAUGGUUUUGUCAAUAAAUGUCUUGAACAGAA